AGUGACUGUGUAUAAAAGAAAAGGACAGAAAAAUGACAUACUAAUGUACAAAAUUACGAAUACAAAAUGGAACGAACCUCGACUCACAGACUGAUGUGGUGUUGCACCAGGAAGGAAAGUCUGAAAUGUAAAGCUAGAAUCGUUACUUUCGGAAAAGUGCUGCUUAUCAAGCACAUGGAUCACAACCACGCUCCCAUGUUGAAAAAGGACCGCGAAUACACGAAACUGUCGAUGAUUCUUGGCAAAGAUGGCGAAAAGUCGUACGCCAAAGAAUUAAGGCGAUCCAAGAAACAGGAUGACGAAGACGAUGACCAAAAAAAUGACAUGUUCGGAUAUGAAGUAAUUCUCUUUGAAUGAUAAUGAAAGGAGUUUUAGUAGCCGUUUUUAAAUUAAUUUUCAAGCGCAUUUUUUAGGAACCCCUGGGGUCUUUAGAAAGUUUGCAUGCUAGCAUUUAAUCGAUCAAGAACUUUGCCAAACGUAAUCGACGUGAUUACGUUGCGAGUGUAGUAGCCGAUGAGUUAAGGAUUGCUUGUAAUAUAAUAUUAAACAUCUGAAACGUGUGUCUUAUUCCUUUACGUUGUCAGUUUUUGUUUUUUUGCAAGCGUUUAUUUGGCUCGACUCGUUAAGCCCGUAUCGUAAGUCGUUCCUUCUAAUGUAGGACGCCUUUAACGUCGUCAAUAUGGCGGAUGCUACAAUACGGCGAUUUAUCAUUUUCAUAGCCCCGGUGGUAUUGGUGUGAAAUGAAGGAGCUUGAAGAGGGAAACAUAAUAAACAAAGUGACGUCAUCCUAAAUCCACCACAAAAUUCCGAUGUAUCGUUUUCAUAGUAAUGGUACAAUAAAUAAAAUUAGAUGACAU